AUGCGGCCCCUUCUGGUCAAUGGCGUCACCGGCCAUGGGGGCACUCCGGAUGCUUUGGAACCCAUCGCCGUCGUUGGCCUUGCUACGCGUGUCCCCCAGGCCACCUCGACCGAAAGCUUAUGGGAGAUCCUAUUGCAGGCACGAUCAACCUGGUCUUCCAUUCCGAAAGAACGAUUCAAUGCCGCCGCAUUCUACCAUCCAGAUCCUGAGCAUGGAGGCACGUUUCAUGUACAAGGAGGUCAUUUCCUCGCCGAAGACCCUGCGUAUUUUGAUGGAUCUUUCUUCAAUAUCACCAAGAAUGAACUGUUGACACUCGACCCGCAACAACGGCUGGUCCUAGAGAAUGUCUUCCAUGCGCUUGAAAAUUCUGGGAUUUCCAUGGCUGAUGCUCUGGGCUCAAACACGUCUGUUUUCGUCAGCGGAUUCAAUCACGACUACCUCAGUAUCCUCAAUUCUGAUCCUGAGACGAAUAUCAAGUACAAGCCCACCGGAGUCACGAAUUCAAUUCUGUCGAACCGAGUGAGCUGGUUCUUUGACUUUAAAGGUCCCAGUAUGACCAUUGAUACGGCCUGCUCUAGUAGUCUGGUUGCACUGCAUCUCGCGGUACAGAGCUUGCGGGCUCGUGAAACAAAUAUGGCUCUUGUCAGCGGCGUAAGUAUCCUAGAGAACCCCGUAGAGACAAUUGGCAUGAGCCACCAUGGCCUGCUGGGUGCUCACGGCCGGUCGUUCAGCUUUGAUGCACGAGCAGAGGGCUAUGCCCGGGGAGAAGGUGUGGGUACGAUAGUCCUCAAGCCCUUGUCCAUUGCCGUGAGAGACGGCGAUACGAUCCGCGCGGUGAUACGUGAGACUGGAGUCAACCAGGACGGCCGAACACCAGGUAUCACUGUGCCAAGCGCAGAAGCCCAAGAGAGAUUAAUACGAGAGGUGUACUGGAGAGCCGGCCUGGACUUGGAGGAGACGAGGUUCGUCGAGGCUCACGGCACUGGCACUCCAACGGGUGAUCCGAUUGAGGCAGGUGCCCUUGCCCGGGCAUUUAAAUGCCGACGAGACACUCCCUUAUACAUCGGCACAAUCAAGUCUACCCUCGGCCAUCUUGAAGGUGGCUCCGGUGUUGCGAGUCUCAUCAAAUCCAUUCUCAUUCUCGAGUCCGGCAUCAUUCCACCCAACUUCGAUCUGCAGAAAGUUAACCCGAAAAUCCCAGCGGAGGAUUGGAACCUCGCCUUCCCUACUAAGAAUAUCCCCUGGCCUUCGUCGGGCCUCCGCAGAAUAUCCGUCAACUCUUUUGGAAUCGGGGGGACCAAUGCUCACUGUGUCCUCGACGAUGCUUACCACUAUCUCAACCAACGACGCAUCGCAGCUACCCACAAUACAACGAUGACAGUACCGAAGCUUUCGAUGCUUAGAGGGAGAUAUUUAACGCCACAAUCAGACAAUGAGACGUCUCACAGUAGAUCAAGCUCAGCCGAUGAAAGCGAUCAUUCCGCUAGCAGCGGUGCCUUUGUCGACACGCCUACAAGCGAUGCAUUCUGCUCCUCUCCUGUCCUCGGAGCAUGGGACUCAUACACGAGCUUGAUGAACGUCCCAAAACUUUUCAUGUUGUCCGCUUUUGACGAAGAUGGCGUCCAGCGAAAUGCGUCAGCGUACGCCCACUACCUCGACCGAAAGAGGAGCGCUCGAAAUUCCCUCGACCGAGUCCUCGAUGACCUCUCCUUUACCCUUUCGAACCGCCGCUCGUUGUUUCCUUGGAAAAGUUUUGUCAUGGCAUCGACACCGAAAGAGCUUGCUUGGAACCUUUCCGAAUCAAGAUUCACCAAACCUGUCAGGUCGACUCUUAGACCGGAGGUUUCUUUCGUCUUUACCGGACAAGGCGCUCAAUAUCAGGCGAUGGGCAGUGCUCUGUUGACCUAUCCGGUGUUCCAAGAGUCACUAGAGGAGGCCUCCGAAUACAUUCGUCGGUUGGGAAGCCCAUGGUCACUGAUCGAGGAACUGGUCUCCGAGAGAAAGUCUCCCCGUGUCAAUCUUCCUGAAAUCGCCCAUCCGCUCUGCACGGCACUGCAAGUCGCCAUCGUUGACCUGUUGGCCAGCUGGGGUGUGUUCCCGAAGUGUGUGACUGGUCACUCGUCCGGUGAAAUCGCUGCGGCAUACUGUGCUGGUAAACUAUCCCGAGAGGGUGCAUGGAAGGCUGCAUACUACCGCGGAUAUGUUUCCUCAAAGCAGCUUUCUGCCAAUGGAGCAAUGAUGGCGGUUGGACUAGGGUCUUCACAACUGGAGCCAUAUCUCGAUGCCGUUCGACAGCAAACCCCUGGAGAGCUUAUAAUCGCUUGCUACAACAGCCCCAAGAACAAUACAGUGUCUGGUGACGAGAUAGUGGUUGACACGCUAAAGGAACUCCUGGAUUCUGACGGUGUCUUCGCUCGGAAGCUAAAUGUUAAGAACGCCUACCACUCAGCACACAUGGUCGCCAUCUCUGAAGAGUACUUACACCUUAUGGGCAACAUUGCCAACGGAAAACACCUGGCCGCACCCCACAUGGUGCACAUGAUCUCGACGGUCACAGGGAAAGAGGUUAUGGAUGAACACCUCCCCGGCCAGUACUGGGUUGAUAACAUGGUAUCGCCUGUGAAAUUCACCGAUGGCCUGACUGCAAUGAACACCCAGUCAUCUGAUGCCAGCGAUCACAUAACCCAUAUCGUGGAGAUCGGGCCACACUCGACAUUGCAAAGCGCCAUCAAAGAGACGCUUGGUCUGCACAAAGAUCGAUCGGCCACCAAAUACCUUGCAGUCUUGAAACGCAAUGACGCUAGUCUCAAUGUCUUGCUGAAUACAGUUGGGUUUCUGGCUGUCAAUGGUUGCGCAGUAGAUUUGCACAAAGUGAACAUCGCUUCUCGGCCACGUGCGAGGCUGUGCAAAAUGCUGGUCGAUCUGCCUCCUUACGUCUUCAAGCACACAGAGAAGAUCCUCUACGAGAGUCGACUCAGCAAGAAUGUGCGGCAAAGAAAGUUCCCGCGUCAUGAUCUUUUUGGUGCCCCUGUCGCGGACUGGAAUGUGAAUAUCCCGCGGUGGAGACAUUUCGUGCGAUUGAACGAGAAUCCGUGGCUUAGAGAUCAUGUGGUCACAGGAAACUGUGUCUACCCUGGAGUUGGGUAUCUGAUCAUGACCAUUGAAGCCGCUCGUCAAUUGGCUGGUGAUAAACAAAUCAAUGGAUUUCAGCUUCGUCAAGUUUCCAUCAGGAGAGCCUUAAUCGUCCCUGAUACCAAGGGGGGAAUAGAAGUCAGCCUUUCAAUGACAACGGCAGACAACUCCUCUGAGUCGAGACUAUGGCGUCGCUUUCAGAUCAGCUCCUACAACGAGUCCAGCGAUGAGUGGACAGAGCACUGCUCAGGAUAUAUCCAUGUUGAACUGACAUCGUCACCUGAUCCCGUCGACAAUGGCCGCGAUAAAAUUGAGGAAUCACGAGCUUGGAAAGCUGAUCUGAAGCAUGCCCAGGAAAUAUGCACCCGACCAAUGAACUUCCAUAACACUUACGACAAUCUUCAAAAAUCUGGACUCAAUUUCGGUCCUCUUUUCCGUAAUCUGGGCAAUGUUAGAUCAAGUGGAUCACGACUCGGCUCCAUUACUGGUACAGUAACAGUCCCUGACAUCGCGGAGUCCAUGCCAAAGCAGUACAUGCACGACCAUUUGAUCCACCCUGCGACAAUGGACAGCAUGAUUCAUAUGAUGAUUGCAUCGAUUCUAGAUCAGACCGGCAAAUCCUCUUUAGAGAUAAUCAGACUUCCCACAUACAUCCGCGACAUGUGGGUUUCGGCAGACCUGAAUUCCACACCACAGCACAAGUUCACCGGGCAUGCAUCCGUGACUGUUUCCGCAACUGAGAAGGUCGAAGGAGUGAUUCGAAUCAUGGAUGAAACAAGCAAUGAAAGUCGGAUUCGCAUGGACGGAAUCGAGCUCACGCCUCUUGAGUCCGGUCUUGUGGAAGACAUCGAGCGUCAACUUUGCACCACCCUGGAGUGGAAACCGGACUUGAAUUUCCUGGAUUCGAGGACUGCAUGCGAGCUCAACAUGGCCAAGACUGAUGAGCAUGAUCACAAUCGGUACUGGAUCAAGCGUCUUCAGCUUGCUACAAUGCUUUAUGUCACUGAUGCUUUAGAUCAAUUGGCUGGGCUUGAUGUGAUGACACUUGACCUUCAUUUGCGCAGGUUCUGGGACUGGAUGAAGCAUACGCAAGACACGCUUUUCAGUGACAAGAUAAUUCAUCUUCCCUACGCCGAGUUCAGGCAGGUCGCCCAAGAUAAUACAUUAAAGUAUGCUGUCUUUGAUGAGAUCGAAGGACACAGUUCAGAAGGUGCAAUUACUGCUCGCAUGGGUCGCAACAUUGCUGGCAUCAUGCGGCAGGAAGUUGACCCUCUACACUUAAUGUUUGGUGAAGAUGCAGUCAUGGAAGGUGUCUACAAGGAAGGUCUCCGUCUUUACGAUCUCCCGCAGCAUCUUAUCAGCCACCUUUCUCUUUUGCGUCAUCAGUACUCCGAGCUGAACAUCCUGGAGAUUGGUGGCGGCACAGGAAGUUUCACAGCCGAAGUUUUAAACGUGCUUUCGCCAGAGUCAGAUGCGACCCGAGGAAUUGUCGCACACUACACGUUCACAGACAUCUCCUCAGGAUUCUUUGAGAAGGCAAAGAAACGCUUCCAAUCAUGGAGCGACAUAAUGACAUUCCAGUCUCUUAACAUCGAAAGAAGCCCCAUCGACCAAGGCUUCGAGACUGGAAAAUACGACUUGAUCUUCGCUGGAAAUGUCAUUCACGCCACCGCCAACCUCCACAAUGCCCUUGGCAAUUUGCACUCUCUGCUUCGACCUGGUGGUCAGCUUAUAAUGCAGGAGGGCAUCAGACAAGACUUUUUGUGGUACCCUCUUGUCUUCGGUCAGCUUCCUGGAUGGUGGCUUGGAAAUGAGCCUAUCAGAAAGUGGUGCCCUUAUAUACCAGCUACCGAAUGGAACAAAAUUCUCUCGGAGUCUGGGUUCUCCGGUGCCGACAUCGAGUACCCAAGCUCGACACAAGAGGACUUGAGCUGGCAAAGCAUUAUCGUUUCUACAGCCACGGGUGCAAAAGUCAAGUCUUUUGAAAACAUCUUCAUUUUAUCAUCCGGAUCACCUGCAAUGGCAGGUACAAUCGACGUCCUUCGCCAGAUGUUUCCACAGAUAAAGGGAGCCCCCAAUGUGACUGUAGUGAACCCAUCGCAGCUUGAUCAGUUGGCUGCCCAAGGCGCUAUCAUCAUCUCUCUAAUCGACCUUGAAAAGAACUUUGUUUCCGAAAUGGACGAACCAGAGUACAAAUCUCUUAAGAAGAUGCUGAUGGAAUACCAAAACAUAUUGUGGGUGACACCCGAUCCGCGCGACGAACCGUUCGCCAACAUGAGCAUGGGCCUACUUCGCACCGUUCGUUGGGAACGGGAUGCCGAUGGUUCGAACAUUGUGACUCUGGCAAUCGCUGAUUCCAAGGGCGUUUCCUCGAAUGUGGUGGCUAUCAACAUCCGCAAGAUUGUUGAGCGACAGUUCCUGGAGCAGAAUGAUGAUGACCGCCAUGGAGAGUAUCAUCUCAAGGAUAGCACAAUAUACAUCGGUCGUCUGUGUGAAUGGAAGAAAGCGGACAAUUUCCUCACUAUGCAGUCUUCAAAUCUGGCCCUUGAAAUGAAGAAACUCUGUGAUUUGGAAAAGCCCAUUAAACUUGUCUCUGAGUCAAAUGAUCUGCACUGGAUCGUGGAUGACUCUCACCAGACUCCCCUGAGCGACACAGAAAUUGAGGUCGAGGUGCAUGCAGUUGGUCUUAACUCCUAUUCCAAUGCGGCCGGUCUAUCAAAUGAAGCUUCCGGUAUUGUCAAAAAAGCUGGCGGCGCAGUGGAGGGCCUCGCCUUAGGUGACCGUGUCAACUUCCUGAGCGCAGAAGCUACUUGCUUCCGGACCUUGGCUCGAGUUGAUCAGACUCUGGCAAUCAGAUUGCCAGAAAACGUCACAUUUGAAGUCGCUGCUGGGCUGUCUUCGAAUUAUACCGCUGCUUUAUACAGCCUGAGAGAAGUGGCCAGACUCAGCGAGGAUGACACUGUCUUGAUCCACUCAGGCGCCUCUGCCCUUGGUCAAUCAGCCAUUCAAUACGCCAAGAUGAUCGGAGCCAAGAUUUACACCACGGUGUCAAAACCUGAAGAUCGAUCAUUCAUCACUUCCAAUUAUGGCAUUCCCAAUGACCAUGUCUAUUCAAGCGGCGAUCUCAGCUUUGCCAGGGGUAUCAUGAGAAGCACGAAGGGUGCAGGUAUCGAUGUCAUCUUCAAUACUCUGACCGGUGAAGCCUUACAAGAGUCUCUGAGCUGCAUUGCCCCGUUCGGCCGCUUCAUUGAGGCAUCCAGCAAGAAGUCUCGGAACAAUACCACCAUCGAGCUUACUUCACUAGAACGCAAUGUGACAAUGUCUAGCAUCGACAUGUCACUCCUGAUCAAGCAACGCCCGAAGGUUGUUCGGCGUUUGUUGAGAGACACGCUGAAGCUAUUCUCUGAAGGCAAGAUUGGCCAGGUUCACCGCACGGCAGUCAUGGAUUUCACGCAGAUCAAAGACACCGUACAGGCUCUACGGGACAACCAGAGCCUAGACAAGAUGGUUUUCGUGCCUGAUCCUUCGAAUGCCAUUCUUGUUGCCCCUGAUAUCAUGCCUCCUUUCCAAUUCGACAGCACUGCAUCCUAUCUACUUGCUGGCGGUCUUGGUGGGUUGGGACGCAGCCUGGCUCGCUGGAUGGCUUCCCGUGGUGCACAGAAUCUCAUCUUCCUAUCACGAACUGGAACUGUGACUGAGUCGGUUGAGGAGAUGAUUGCCGAUCUGAAGAUUUUAGGGUGCAACACUCACAUCUUCGCCUGUGACGUUGCUGAUGCAGAUCGCCUUCGCGCUGUUGUCGAUGAGUGUUCGCUUACAUUGCCGCCAAUCAAGGGAUGCUUUCAGGGGUCCAUGGUUCUACGAGACGGUGCUUUUGCCAGCAUGUCGUUUGAUGACUGGAAAGCCACAAUCUGCCCCAAGGUACAGGGCUCGUGGAACCUGCACCAGGCCCUUCCACAAGAUCUUGACUUCUUCGUGAUGUUAUCCUCGGUUGCCGGCAUCUUCGGUAACCGAGGCCAAGCCAACUACGCAGCCGGAAACACCUUCCAAGAUGCACUAGCCGCAUUCCGCACUUCCAAAGGCUUGAAAGCAUCCAGUAUCAACCUGGGCAGUGUUUCAAAUGUCGGAUGGGUUGCAGAGAACCGAAACUCGAUGCCCACGAACACCGCAGUACUAUUCGAACUUUUGCGCGAAGACGAGGUCCAUGCCGCCGUUGAGUUCUUGAUCGAUACCAGAUACGAGAAGACGGCCGGACGGGAUGCCCUCUCUCAAUCGCAGCUGGUCCUUGGUCUCCCAACCACUCAGAUGUGCCAACAAAACGGCAUUCCACCACCGACAUAUCUCAAUUAUUCUCUAUUCACGCAACUUCGCACGACAGCUACCGCCAAAGCUAUUGGAUCAGGAGAACAGAAAGCGAUCAGCACAGCCGCGCUUCUCGCCGCAGCAUCCAACAAAGAAGACGCUGUGGCCGUUGUCUCAAACAGCCUUAUUGAACGACUAUCCUCCCUCCUCGCCAUCCCAACAACAGAGCUCGACCCACAAAGGUUCGGCUUCGGAGGUAUUGACUCAUUGGUCGCCAUGGAAUUUCGCUCUUGGAUCGUCAAAGAGCUGAAAGCCGAAGUCUCCCUCUUGGAUAUUAUGGGUGCGCAGAAUAUUUUUGGUCUGAGUGAGAAGAUCGCUCAGACUAGUCGACUUCUCGUCGGUGAAUCAUGA